AUGAGCGCCACACCGCUCUCGACGCUCCUCCCUACCCUCCUCCCCCACGAAGACCUCUCGCUCGCUCUCGAGAUUCUAGCUUCGCACGGGGUUGUCCAGGACGUCGACUUGCUCUUCCCCCCGCCUCUUCCGCCGCACGCCUCUCUUCCGCCCGAGACACUUGACCGGCUACGCUCCCUCGUCGCGACAAAACUCAGCGCAACCUCAACAUCCGGCGCGUACCUGCUCCAGCAGUCCCGCGAUCGCAAAGGCAAGCAACCUCAGCGGUUCUCCUCGACCCUCGACGACUUUGACGACGACCUCGACGGCGGCUUCGACGUUGGCGAAGUGAUCGAGCUUACUGGUCCACGGCGGAGCGGCCGAACUGCUUUCGCGCUCUACGUCCUGCUGUUCCACCUCCUCAUUCACCGCGAGAGACGCGCGGCAUGGCUCGACACGACCUCGACUUUCGACCCGUAUCGCUGUCUCGCCAUCCUGCGGGACCACCUCAUUCCGCGCCUCCGAGCGAUGGGCGGCUCGUUCGCGAGCGAAGACGGGGUCGAGCCAGAACCGGAGAAACUGGCGAUUGAGGUACUGGAUCGUCUCGCGGUCUCGCAGGUGUCCAAGUCCGGCGCGGCGCUGGACAUCUUGACGGCGGAAGCGAGGGCGCAGGGGAAGCCGCAGACGCUGGAUAUGGUGGUUAUCGACACGCUUGACGUGCUUGUUGGCGGAGAAGCGGUAGCGAGCGGGUCUGCGCAAGGGAAUGCCAACCUCAUCGCCUUCAUGCGCCGCCUGCACGGCAUCGCCCGCUCAUCUAGCAACCCACUCGCGGUCUUCGUCAUCACCACCCUCUCUUCUCCUCCCCCCACCCACGCCGCAUCAUCCCGCAAACCCGCCCCUCCCGAGCACCCUCACCAAUCCGGCCAACCACCGCCUCUCUCCUCACUCCCGCUUCCAAACCCGCUCAAACCAGCCCUCUCCCCGACAUUCAGCUACCUCGUCGACCUAUCCUUGCUUUUCAUUCCUGCUGAACCGCUUUUCGGAGGGAGGGAGGGGAAGGAACGCGGGUUUGUCGAGGUGGUCAAGAAUCGGCGGGCACAGGCGGGAGGGAUGAUCGGGUUUAGGCUGGAGAACGGUGUCCGGUUCGAACAACUCGAGUAG